CGGUCGGUGAGGAGAGAGCCAGACUCGAAACAUAGCGAAGCCGUCCUCUCCGCCACAUCAGCCACUGUGCACCACGAUGUCCAAGCCCAAGUUUCAGACGGAGUGGGAGGAAAUCGACGAGGAAUAUCAACAAUUACAGGGUUUUGCCACGACCACCCAUCUCCUAAUGCCGGUAUCAGAUGACUGAGACGUGGACCUGUGAUGGCAUCAAAAUGUAAAAUCUGGAGCAGCUCCGUAGGGAAAGAGGAUGAAGGAAACUCACAAAAUAUACAGACAAAAACUUGAGGAGCUCACUAAUCUUCAGGCAACAUGCAGCAACGCCAUCAGUAAGCAGAGAAAAUGCCUGAAGGACCUACGGUACAGUUUGAACAAGGGUGCAAAAACAUGUGACGAGAAGGAAUUGGAAUUAAUAACGGACAUCAAAUCACAAAUCAAAGAAAAAGAAAACGUGUUUUUUGAUAUGGAAGCAUAUUUGCCAAAGAGAAACGGGCUGUACCUGAAUUUGGUCCUGGGCAAUGUGAACGUAACGCUUCUCAGCAACCAGGCAAAAUUUGCCUACAAAGACGAGUAUGAGAAGUUCAAGCUUUAUAUGACAAUAAUCCUGAUGUUUGGAGCAAUAACCUGCCUCUUCUUUCUCAACUGUCGAGUCACUGAUGAGAUUUUCAACUUUUUGCUGGUGUGGUACUACUGCACAUUGACCAUAAGGGAAAGCAUCCUCAUGAGCAAUGGCUCCAGGAUCAAAGGUUGGUGGGUGUCUCACCAUUAUGUAUCCACCUUUCUGUCAGGUGUGAUGCUUACCUGGCCGGAGGGGCCCAUGUAUCAGAUGUUCAGAAGCCAGUUCCUUGCUUUCUCCAUAUAUCAGAGCUUUGUCCAAUUCCUCCAGUAUUACUACCAGAGCGGCUGCUUAUACAGGCUGCGAGCUUUGGGAGAGAGAAAUCAGCUGGACCUCACAGUGGAGGGAUUUCAGUCCUGGAUGUGGAGAGGCCUCACUUUUCUUUUGCCGUUUCUCUUUUUUGGCCAUUUUUGGCAGCUGUACAACUCUGUGACCCUCUUUCGCUUGGCAGGACAUGAAGACUGCAAGGAGUGGCAGGUAUUUAUGCUGGCACUGACUUUUCUUGUCCUGUUCCUGGGAAACUUCCUCACUACUGUAAAAGUCGUCCACCAAAAGAUUCAGAAAAACCAGGGAAAAGUGCAAAAAAAUGACUGAGACAAAAACUCAGCGUGACGCCUCCAGAUUCCUACAAACGGCCAGUAAUUUUGAAGCAACGCGCACAAUCGCUUGAUAGACUGACCACGGCAAACGAUCAGGCCGGGAGAAGACGAAGCUGAAACCGCUGCUUCUCUCAGGCUUUGAUGGCGGCAACAGUGUCCAGCCAAAGUAUCUGGCCUACAGGCUUCUGCUUUCUAAUGACUCGUCGUCAAUGUCGCAGCACAGUCGGUCACAACACACAAAGCGGUGUUCACCUGAAAUCCGAACAGUCUGUCGCUUUAUCCUGUACAUACAAUGUGAGUGGAAAGAAUGUGUUUUGUUUGGGUGUUUGUGUCAGUCAGCGCAUGAAUUGUGUCAGAGAGCUUUUGUUCAAAUCAUAUGCAACUUAAAAAAAAAAAAAAAAAAGGGCAGGUAGCAUCAAUUUUAACAGAAAAUAGUUUGCCUUUUAAGACCUGAAGUCUGUCAUGUACAUACUUCGUACUUCUGUGAAGUAUUAAUGGUCAAACUGUCACUGCGCUUCAUUUCUUGAGUUCUCUAACUUUUUAUGUGUAGUUCUCAACUCCCUGUUCAAUAUCUCACUGCUUACCAGUAUUUUACUUACUAGAUUUUGUUCCUACUUUAAAAAACAUAAACCUAAUACUUGACUGCCCAAAAUGACCUUCAAUUUUCAGAAAAAGAAACUCCUUCUGGUGUAUGUUGUCUGUCUGGAGUCAGUGGCAGCUCUGAUUUUGUUGUUUUUCCUAGUUCCUCGACAGAGUCAGAGCUAUAAAGGAAUGCACCACUGUUUCUCCCUUCAGGCAGCGGUUACAAAAGCCAUAACUGUUUUUCUAUGAUCUAAACGCCUAAA